AUGGGAGCCGGGCGGGUGGGAGAACGUGUGGACGCAACGGCAGUUGAGGACACGCGCCACUUCGUGCUCUCUGAAGUGUGUAAGGCCGAAUCCUCCCCAACGGAAGCAGUUAAGGACAUCACAGACACAGCAGACGUGGAUCUGGGCACCCUUCUGGACACUGGGGACAGCACCGCAGUGUUGGCUGUGCCAGGCGACACUGCCACCACCACUUCCACCGCCGCCACCACCUCUGCCGCCGCCACCACCUCUGCCGCUGCCACCACCAUCUCUGCCACCGCCACCACCACCUCUGCCACCGCCACCACCACCACCACUUCUGCCGCCGACGCCACCACUUCUGCUGCCGACACCACCACCUCUGCCGCCACCACCACCACCUCUGCCAGCACCACCACCACUUCUGCCGCCAACGCUACCACUUCUGGUGCCGACGCCACCACUUCUGGUGCCGACGCCACCACUUCUGCCGCCGCCGCCACCACCUCUGCCGCUGCCGACGCCACCACCUCUGCCACUGGCACCACCUGCCAAACUCCUGCUGCUGCUCUGCCCAUGACUCCUCCACCUUAUGAAGAAAUUGUCUCUCGCAUGCGGCGGCUCCCUGCAGAGCAGAGAGGCAGGAGGCUGAUCCUGGCGACUGAACGGGGAGCAGUGGAGGAGAUGAGGGCGCUGCUCGCCGUGGGGGCCGACGUGGUGGCGAGGGGUGGUGCGAGAGGGUGGACCGCCCUGCACGUCGCAGCAUCCAGGGGAGACGUCGAGGCGGCGAGGCUGCUGGUGGAUGCGGGGGCGGCUGUGGACGCCAGGAGCAGCUGGCAGCAGUGGACGCCUCUGCGCGUGGCUGCGGAGAGGGGCAGAGCCGCUGUGGCGCGGCUGCUGCUAGGGGCGAACGCCGACCCCAACGCCAGGGAUGGCAGUGGGUGGACGCCGCUGCACUUGGCGGCACGCUAUGGCAAUGCAGAGGUGGCGGCUGCUCUGCUCGAGGCGGGGGCCGACAGGGGGGCCACAACAGGUGACAGUGGGGCCACAGCGCUGGACCUCGCCACGGAGAACGAAGACAGUCGGCUGAUGGAGAUGCUGUCAUGAGUCAGCCAGUCCAACAAAUUCUCUGCAAAAAACUGAAACAACUUCUCCAGUAAUAAUUUGCAUCCUUCUUCAAUAAACAAUUCAAAAAUUCAA